AAUCUGUGUGUCUAUAUAUAUAUAUAUAUAUAUAUAUAUAUCAGUGAUGGGUCCCAGGUAGUUUCUCUUUGAUCCUCUCAAUCACACUCUUCUUCUCGGGAUGAUGAUGAUCGCCGGCAAGGGGUGCGCUGCUGUGGCUCACCGUGGUGGCGGCGGCCGCCCCCUGCGGGUAAAGACUGGCCGGCGCCUGCAUUUUUUGAUCAUCAUCCUCAUCAAUAUUUUUAUUAUGCUUAUUCCCGGCGGGCAGCAGCUUCUCUUUGAUCUUCUCGGUCAGUCCUUUCUUCUUUCUUCUUCUUCUCCCCCCUUGCGCGUCUUCUUCUUCUGACUGCUAAACAUUACCAAUUCACCAUAUAUUUAUUUAAUUAAUUAAUUUCUCCCUCUCAAUUACUCCGCAAUUUAUUUCAAAACGAUUCUUUAACGUAAUAAAAGGAUUCUUUAGCUUCUGCUUUGAGUAUAAGUGAUUUUACUCUGUUUGGCAUGUCAACUUUUGCUUUUCACAACCACUAUUUUGUACAUAAAACAUCGUUUCAGAGAAGCAGGUAUGAGGUGUUUUUGCUUUUAGCUUUUGUGGAAAUCACUUUAUCCAUAAGUUAAUCACUUCCAAACACCCUCCCUCCCAAAAAGAAUGGGACGGUUUGACUUUUUGGGAAAUUAAGAGAGGAAUAUUUUGGUAUUGACUUUCCAAAAAUACUCUUGAUGUGAUGGGUAAAAGUAGGAUGUGAUGAGUAGAUUAUUAGAAAAAAGGUAUGAUGUUAUA